AUGCGCGCAAUUCACAUACUCGCCGUCCUGCUACUCCUCGCCGCCGGCGCCGCUGCCGGCGCCGAGAAGAAGGCGUGCCACGGCGGCGACGAAGCGGCUCUCCUCGCCGUCAAGGCUGCCUUCAGCAACGCCUCCUCCUUCGUGUCAUGGACGCCCGACAUCCCGUGCUGUCACUGGCCCGGCAUCGACUGUUCGGACGACGACGGCUCCGGGGGGACCACGGGCCGCGUCGUUAGCCUCGCCAUCCUGCGUGACGACGGCAUCACCGGUGUUGUGCCAGGCGACGCCAUCGCCGGGCUCACCCGCCUCCAGAUCCUGUUUCUUUUCAAGCUCCCCCGUGUGUCCGGUGCCAUCCCGGCGGCGCUCGUCAGGCUCUCCGGCCUCAAGGAGCUGACCAUCUCGCGCACCGGCGUGUCGGGCCCCGUGCCGUCAUUCCUCGGCGCGCUCAAAGCGCUCGAGUCGCUGGACCUCUCCUUCAACGCGCUUACCGGCGCCAUCCCGGCGUCCCUCGGCGCGCCCCCGCGCCUCAUCAGUGUUGACCUCAGCCGCAACCGCCUCACCGGCCGCAUCCCGCCGCUGCUCCUCAGCAAGGCCGGGCCGCAGGCCUUCCUGUCGCUCUCGCACAAUAACCUGUCCGGCGGCAUCCCGGUCGAGUUCGCCGCCGUGAACUUCGAGCAGAUCGACCUGUCGCGGAACCAGCUGACAGGCGACGCCUCGCUGCUGUUCGGCCGGGGGGAUGAUGACAAGCCAGUGCUGGAUUCCGCGGACCUGUCGCGCAACGCCCUGAGCUUCAACAUGUCCCUGAGCUUCAACAUGUCCGGGCUGCGGCUGACUAGGCGGCUGGACUCGCUGGACCUCAGCCACAACAUGAUCUACGGCGGCAUCCCGGCGGUGGUGGCCAACCUCACCAACCUGCAGGUGUUCAACGUCAGCUACAACCGGCUCUGUGGCGCGGUGCCGGUGGGCGCGGCGGCGAGGUACGAUUUGUACUCCUUCGCGCACAACAAGUGUCUCUGUGGUCAGGGCCGAGCCGGCUUAAUCCGGGGCCCUGUGUGA